AUGGUGUUUCCCAUCCUUAACAAGACGCCCAUACCUGAAAUCACCCUUUCAGCGGCAGGUUUAGUAGCCUUGGCAGACUUGCAAACGAUCGCUCACCGCACCGCGUUGACGGGCACAUCAUCAUGGUUCGACGCCCUCGUCCUCGCGCCGGGACUGCAUUAUCAGCAAGCGGCAGAUGGAGUAGCGAGCGAUAGCGGCGGCGUCGGUGUCGGUGCCGAGGUCACGUCUUUCGAGACCGGUGAAGGCCGGGGAGGCGGCCGGGGACGAGGCAUGUUUGGCACGGAGACUCUGCCCGGUGGAGGGACUCAAGAUGUCCGAGUUACGAAUCCGGGGAUGCUACUUUUUCUCUCGAGGCUCGGCGUCCAGGAAGAGCGGGCGCGGGAGAGGGAGUUGAGGAAGAGGAAUCGCGCAGGCGGCGUCGAGGCGUUUGCGGCCGGUGUGAGGAAAGAUGACAAGGUUGUUUUCCUCGACGUCGGGACACUCGCCGGUGGAAGACGGACGAGAAAGGGCCGGGCUUUCGACCACGACGGCGAAUGGGAGCUUGAACGGGGGAGUCAUCUGCUUUACCUGGCGAGUCCGCUACUCACUACAUCGGCGUUGACGAUUAUGAUUUUGCUGGCGGAUUGGUGGGGUCUCGCCGCGAUAAUAGCACUAAUAACAUCCCGCCUCCUAAACAUCUACAUCAUCAAGCAACGCACCCCGCCUCCGCCUCCGACCUUCUCGGCUUCCUCAAAGCUCACAGAAUACGCCAUCCCCCUCUCGCCCAACCUCACCGUACGCAUGCGCGGACCGGCCUCGGACCUCGCGGCCGUGACGACGGAAACGUGGCUGCUCUCCAAGACGGCGGUGCAGGGCUACCUCGAGGCCGUCGCGAAGCUGGCCGUGUACAUGGUCGCCGUCUUCAGCGGCAACGUCUCGCAGGCGGGGAACAUGGUUCUCCUGGUGCUUCUCCUGGGCAGCGCGGGGCUUCUAGGUCUGAGCAACGGCUUCGUCAAGGGCGUCAGGGGCCGGGGACGCGUUGCGCGGGUAUGGAAAGGCGAUGCUGAGAUGACGAUGACGACGGCUACAGCUACGGCUACGGAUACGGUGCCGCCGGCGGGAAGUGGGGGGAGGAUUAAUACGGGGCGGCGGGGAGAGUACGAUGAUGCGUUUGCGCAGGGCCAGCGGCCGCCGUUGCAGCAGGGUCGACGGCGGGAGACAGAUGAAAGGGGAGGAGAGGAGGAGGAUGCAGGGUCUGAUGCGCAGGAAUGGGUCAGUCAGGCUGGAACGGUUGGAAGGGAUCCGUAUGCCUUUGACGGGAAUGUGGAGUGA